AUGGAUCCUGAACAAUUUUAUCUGUUUUGGAAAAUCUUGGUGUUGACCCUGGAAUAUAUUCUACCGAAGCUUGUGAGAAGAUUGAUAUUGACCGCAUUCGGCACUCGCGCCAAAAGAGCUCUGAUGCAUCCAAACAACGCGGCAGAAAAAUUAGACAGUAGAAAAAGCGGCAUAAUGAAACCCAGGAAGCAAAAGAGGAACCCCA